AUGCACUCGGGGGCCUCCUGGCAAUGCACUCCCUCCCCUGAUAACACGGGAGCGCGGAGGUGUGAUUGCAGGACCACCUACACCUGGUCUGAGAACCAGAGGUGCCGACCUCCGGACCUGGGGAUUUGGGGUGCUCAAGAGGCAGAUGCCCGGAUGCUGAGGGUGGAAUGGGGUGCAGGAGCUCUGGCCUGCUACAGAGCUCCACGCGAAACAGCAUGGCAGACAGGCUACUCGCCCGGGAUAGUUCAUAGCCUCUUGGCCAAGACCUUUGGAAACAGGUGGAGCUGGUCGUUACUGGUAUUUGAAGAAAGAAGAGCCCUGCUUGGCAAAUGGUUUGACAAAUGGACAGACUCUCAGAGAAGAAGAAUCCUCACAGGCCUGUUGGAGCGCUGCUCGCUGUCCCAGCAAAAGUUCUGCUGUCGAAAGCUUCAAGAGAAAAUUCCAGCAGAAGCCCUGGACUUUACAACCAAGCUCCCAAGGGUGUUAUCUUUAUACAUCUUUUCUUUCCUGGACCCCCGGAGCCUCUGUCGUUGUGCACAGGUGUGCUGGCAUUGGAAGAACCUAGCCGAGCUGGAUCAGCUCUGGAUGCUGAAAUGUUUACGGUUUAACUGGUACAUCAAUUUCUCUCCAACUCCCUUUGAGCAGGGGAUCUGGAAGAAGCACUAUAUUCAAAUGGUGAAAGAACUUCAUGUUACCAAGCCUAAGACACCCCCAAAGGAUGGUUUUGUAAACGCUGACGUUCAACUAGUUACAAGCAAUUCUCCCCAGAGGAAAAACAGUCCCCUUUAUCAAAGCUUUUCGGUCCUCUUCCUCUUAAGAAAGAAGAAUAACUCAGGGCAGAAAGCACUUCCACCUGGUCGAUCUUCUGAUAAGCAUCCAAACAAGAUAUACAUGUCGUUUAAUACCCUAGACAACUGUGACCCCUUGGGAGACUGUUGGCAAGGAAGAAAAAAAAGAAACGAAAUGACCCCAGAUUUCAGCCGACAGUCACAUGAUAAGAAAAAUAAGUUGCAGGACAGAACUAGGCUAAGAAAAGCACAAUCAAUGAUGUCGAGGAGAAAUCCCUUCCCACUAUGUCCCUAAGUUCCAGCUCUCCCCUAAAAGUUCCAGCUCAUCUCGCCUGGCCUCCUCCUGAGUCAGUGGGACUCCCAGCCACUGCCACCGCAGCUGAAAUUCUCAUGCAGCAUCUUCAGAGGCACCCUGGGCCCCAGGCAUGACUCAUCCAGGUUCCAGAGCCAAAGCGGACUGAACAACAUAGAAAGACUUUUAUUAUAGAAAUGACAAGAUGCUUUGCACAGUGGAGAGCUGAAUUUACUUGGCUCCUAUUAGAAACUCUUUCAGCUUAAGUAUUUAUUGUGGUAGUGAGUCCUACAGUAUUUCAGUAAAAAGGAAUUCAUGGCAUAAAUGUGGACAGAUUUACGGAUGUAGAAACAUGAUGAUAGAUAUCAUGAGGUUGGUGAUGGGACAUAUAACGGCACCACUGGUAGUACCAGGUGGGUGAGGCAGGUCCCAGAAGGAUACAGGCUCAUUCUCAAGGCUGCAUGAGCAGUUGAAUGGAGGGGCUGUUUACCGUGGUAUCUUAGUUUGCUAGGGCUGCACCAGAGACCAAGAACCUUCAACAACAGGAAUGUAUUUCCUUGCAGUUCUAGAAGCUAGACACCCAGGAUCUGGCAGGGCUGGUUUCUCCUGAGGCCUCUCUCUGGGCUUGUAGAUGCCAUCUUCUCCCUGCAUCCUCAAGUGGUCAUCCCUCUAUAUAUGUCUGUGUCUAAAUUUCUCCUCCUCCUCCUCCUCCUCCUCCUC